GUUAUUCCAAGAUAUUUUUUUUGAAGCUCUGCGUAUAUUAAAUCUUUCGCGAAGAUUGUCUUGCCCUCCCAUCAUCUUGUAAUAGAAGUAAGAAUCUCGGAAGAGCAGGAUGCGCUUCGGACAAUCGCUAAUUUACGUCCGCUCCUUCAAUGACUCUACAUCUAGGAACUAUGUGUGUGAGGUCCUGAAAAAAGUCCUUCACGAAAUAAGGAACCAUAGAAGGUUCGACAGUCUACAAGAAGAGAUUAAUAAUAUCGCAAAGAAGGAGGAAGGCGAGCGUAAUCUCGAGGAGAGCGCCCAGAAAUGGCUGAGCCAAGCUGAGCAACUUCGAGAGCUGCUAGAAUCAGACAGAAAAGCGAACGAGAAAGACAAGGAAAGGACGAUAGAACUCGCGCAGGAAAGCGACGCGCGGGUCGACCACGCGAUAUUCUUAAAUAGCGGAAAAUUGGGUAACGCAGAAUUUGUACGGGUGCGCUUUGUGACAUUCUUACCGGGUCUGUUGUACUCAGGCUAUGCGGAGAGAUGGGCAAAGGCUAGAUUGGAACAGCAAGAACUCAAACUGCAGCUACAGAAGAAAGAUAUGCUGAACAAACUGAGUGAAUAUGCAAAGGAAUACAAUGAGGAGCAGAUCAUCUCGGCUGAAACGAGUGCUUACCUAGAAGCGGACAUCAAAGAGAAAGAAGAGCAGAUAGAAAUGUGGACGAAGAGAUACAAUAAAGAGAUUGUGGAACGGCAGCAGGAAAUCGAUGAGUUAAAGAUAGUAAUAGAAGAACAAAAAUUAGAGAUGGAGAAAAUGCGCGCUUUAAUGGACAAACGACAAAAGUUUAUUGACCAAUUUAUCGCCGAGGAGGAAAUAUUGGAAGAGAAAGAGAAGCUAAAUAAAGCUGCGACUCUCAUCCAAUCGAUAUGGAGGGGUCACAUGGUGAGGCAACAAUUAGGAAAGUACAAAGGUCUUCGAAGACGAUUGAAAAGGCGGAAGAGAUUAAGCAAAAGAGAAAGAGGUCGAUGAAAAGAUCAAAGAGUACACCGAAGA